GCCGACAGCUGCGAGAUAGAGGAGCUUGGCAAUCUGCUGUGGACGAUGUCCAGGCAGCCGGCAUUUGCAGAGGAGGGUCCUUGCGAGCGACUGGCCGCCCGCUGUGCCGCUGAGGCAGAUGCUUUUACUUCCCAGCAGCUGGCUAAUGCCUUGCAGUGCCUUGCCCGUUUGCCGGGCCAAGAAGUGGCAAGCGAGGCACUGGCAAAAGCAGCGUGCAGAUGCAUGCGACGCUUCAGUGACUCCGAACUGGUCUCCUCGGCGUGGUGCUUGGCGCAGAUGGGGCGUUGCGACGGUCUGGUGGAAGCCCUGUCAGACGAGGUCGCACGUCGCCUAUAUCGACUGACCCCACAAGAGCUGGUUUCAUUGGCCGGCAGCUUUGCCACCAUGAGUGGGACAGUGCCGGAGCUGAUGAGGUCCAUGGAAUCAGCCAUUCUUGCUGGCCUCGAGCACUUGGCGGCACAAGAUGUUCGGUCCUUGGACUACUUCCGGAGCCCCGUGCAAGGAAUCCUGCAAGAAGAGACGUGGUUGGGGUUUUCGGCGACAGUCGUGGCGGCUAUUCUUUGCUCCACCCUCCUUGCCUUGCAGUUGUAUGCUUUCCUGGAGAAUCAUACGGCCUCCAGGUUGGAGAUUGAUUCCGACCAGAGCGAGCUGUUGAGGAUAAGCUUCAACGUUUCGAUUGCGGAUUUAUCAUGCAAUUAUGCAACAGUUGGCGUCUUUGAUGCUUUCGGCAAUGUCCGCUCGAAUCUGACUCGGGACGUCCAAAAGCAGCCGAUAGACCACAGAGGAGCCGAGAAGGGCCACGCGUACACGGACGAGGAAUUGACCGAACUUGAGUAUGCAGACCGCCCGAAGCUGUCAGCAGAAGAGCAAGCGCAGCUGGACGCCGACUGGUUGUCUGCAGGCCAGGUUGAGCGUGGAGACUUCCACGAUGCCUUGGAGGCGCACGACGUCGUCUUUGUGCUGUUCUGCAUUCGCAGCGCUGCUCCUUGCAAGAUGAUGAUGCCCGCUUGGGUGCGGUGGUCGAAGGACGUAAAUGAAGGACGUCUUGUCAUGAAAGAUGCAGAUGGUGCACGGGCGGACGCGUGGGCCUUGCAAGUAAACUGCGGCGCCGAAGGUUUCCCGGAGCUUUGCGAGCAGGAAAGUGUGACCCGCUUUCCCCUGCUGCGGCUCUACCCUCGCAGUGUGACCGAGCGGGCCAAGGCACCACAUCGCGACUUGAAAUUCGCAUUCCCAGCACCCAUCCUCUUGGCGAUGGAUAUGUUCGAGGGGAUGAUGAUUAUGGACCCAAAGAUGGCCCAGCAGUGCUACGAUGCUUUUACCAGAAUGGCGGUUGAUGUGGUCAAAGGACGCCACUUGCACACGCACGUCACGAAGCACGACGUGUUUGAAGAGGGUUGCCGUGUCAGCGGGCACAUAGAUGUGCCUCGUGUCCCGGGCACCAUCCACAUCCAUGCAAAGAGUGCAGGGGACCACGUUCUCAACACAGCCUUUACCAAUGUGUCUCACACCGUCCACCAUCUCUCGUUUGGUAGGCCGCUGGAUGCCGUGGAAGAGCGCGAGGAGCUCAAGUCACAGCUUCCUGAAGGCUAUGGUGUGCAUGGAACUCAAGUCGAUGGCAGAAUCUUUGCCUCGAAGAACUUUCACCAAGGAGCGCAUCACUACAUCAAGAUCGUGCACACCCGCCUCGAGAGCAACGAGCGUGCACGUCUUUAUCUGUACACGCAUCAGUGGUAUAUGCAGACUUACCCUCGCCAUGAGUCGCCGAAGGUGAAGCUCUCCUUUGACCUGGCACCGGUUGAGGUGGUGAUCUCACUUCGUCGCCACUGGUAUGAUUUCGUGACAACCACACUCGCCCUCGUGGGCGGCGGCUUCUCCUGUGUGCAAAUGGCUUACUCCCUUUUCCAUGGCAUAGGCCGCAAAAUUGCACCGAUAGUUUGA